ACGCUGCCCGGAACUCUGCUCGUGUCCAGAGCCGCGACUCCUUGGACCUCCCAGAGCCGCUGAGGCUGUCGCGGAUUCCACAUUCCACCGGGACAAGCUCCUCUCCUGUGCGUGUAUCUCCAUCUUUCGCUAUCUUUCAUUCUCUACGAAGUACUCGCAUCCGGCUAGUCACCCUCUUGUGAAAACCAUCUACACACGCAUACGAAUACAUCGCACACGUGCGUUCACGCACUCGUCCACUCGCAUUGACCAUCCCCCGAGUCUCCUUAAAUAUCCGUCAACAUGUCUGACGACGAGGAACAAUACUCCAGCGAGGAGGAAGUCGAAGAAGUGCAGCCGGAGAAGAAGACCGAGGGUAGGGCGUCCCAAAAGGAAUCUGGCGAGAAUAUCGAGUUUAUGAAGAGGCAAGAACAGAAAAGAAGCGACCUUGACGAACAGCUCAAAGAAUACAUAGCGGAAUGGCGAAAGCAGAGAGCCAAGGAAGAGGACGAGUUGAAGAGAUUAAAGGACAAACAAGCCAAGCGCAAGGUCACUCGCGCAGACGAGGAGAAGAGACUGGCGCAGAAGAAGAAGGAAGAGGAAGAACGUCGCCAACGUGAAAUCGAGGAGAAGAAACAACGUGACAUCGAAGAGAAGAGAAGGCGUUUGGAGGAAUCGGAAAAGAAGCGACAGGCUAUGAUGCAAGCGAUGAAAGACCAGAGCAAAGCCAAGGGUCCAAACUUUACCAUCACCAAGAAAGAUUUGGCGGGUAAUCUUACAUCGGCGCAAGUUGAGCGUAAUAAGACGAAGGAGCAACUUGAGGAGGAGAAGAAAAUCUCUCUUAGCAUUCGCAUUAAACCGUUGGAGAUUGAGAAUUUGUCUAUUGACAAGCUUCGUGUUAAAGCUACCGAAUUGUGGGAGAGUAUAGUCAAGCUUGAAACCGAAAAGUACGAUCUGGAAGAGCGACAAAAGCGUCAGGAUUACGAUCUUAAAGAGCUGAAGGAACGUCAGAAGCAACAACUGAGGCACAAAGCCUUGAAGAAGGGUCUCGAUCCCGAGGCUUUAACUGGCAAAUAUCCCCCGAAGAUUCAGGUCGCCUCAAAAUACGAACGUCGCGUCGAUACCAGGUCCUACGAUGAUAAGAAGAAACUCUUCGAAGGUGGUCUGAACGAGCAGCAAAAGGAAUUCUUAGAGAAACAAUGGGCUCAACAGAAGGAACAGUUCAUGGGUCGUCAGAAGACGAAGUUACCUAAGUGGUUCGGCGAGCGACCGGGCAAAAAGCCUGGUGAUCCCGAGUCACCAGAGGGCGAGGAGGAUGUAAAGGCUGCCGCCGAGGACGAUCUUGAGGAACCGCAGUUUGAGGAGGAAGAGGAAGAAGAGGCCGGUGAGAAGGAAGAGGUUGAAGAGGAAGAGGAGGAGGAAGAGGAAGAAGAGGAGGAGGAGGAGGAGGAGGAAGAGGAGGAAGAAGAGGAAGAGGAAGAAGAGGAAUAAAACUUUUGAUCGUUUCGGCACACGUUAAAAUAUUAAAAAGCAUAUUUUGGAAAUUUUCAAAAUGCUCAUCGCACAGUCUCACGUUAACAUUUCUUCGAACCAUCGAACGUAGUCAGUGGCGACAGUAAAAAUGUAAAAUCCAUCGGCGUCUUCCAUCUAUUUCCGAAAUCUCUCGUCUCUAUCUUUACCUUACGUUACAUCAAGCUUCUUCAUGAUUUAUACGAUACGAAUUUUUAAACGAGACGAAUUUAACAGAAUGUUAUUCUUAUGGUAGAUUUCAUCAUCCUACUACCGUUAAUAUCACUGUCAUUUUUACCACUAUGGCUA